CACCUCUCCCUCACCUCCCUCGUUUACUUCUAUAUCUAAUUCCCAGAAGUAUCUAACUCACUCACUCGAUCUCUUCACUCACUCACUCACUUCAGAUCUCCACCACCCCAAAACUAUGCCUUCCACUCUCCUCCUCCUCCUCCGCCUCCCCUUCCUCCUCCUCACCUUCUCACACUCCACCGCCGCACGUAAAACGUCCCACAACGCCACCACCUCCUCUUCCCACCUCGUCCGCACAUCAUGCCAGCACGCCAGCUACCCCAGCCUCUGCCUCCACACCCUCUCCACCUCCCCUGCCCAGACCCCCCGCGACCUCGCCCAGGCCGCCGUCAGCGUCUCCCUCUCACGCACCCGUAAAGUCUCCGCUUUUCUCUCCCAGCUCUCCCGCUCCACCUCUUCCUCCUCCCCCAAGAGGCAGCGCGUGUCCAUCAGCGACUGCGUGGAGCAAGUCUCGGACUCCGUCGACGAGCUCAGCCGCACUCUAGAGGAGCUCCACCACCUCCACGAGGAGACGUUCCGGUGGCAGAUGAGCGACGCCCAGACGUGGGUCAGCGCCGCCCUUACUAAUGAGGACACGUGUCUCGACGGGUUCCAGGAUGUCGACGGGAAAGUAAAGGCUGACGUCAAGAGGAAGAUCACCGAUGCUGCUAGAGUUACCAGUAACGCGCUCUACAUGAUUAACCGGCUCGACGAGAGCCGUGGACGGCCUAGAUCUAAGCCUUGAUGCAUGUCGACGUUGGUGGUUGAUUUACUUUGAUACCUAUAGCCGUUGGUGUCUGUAAUGUGCUUGUUCAAGUAACUGUAGUAUUUACUAUUUACUGUUAGUGUUUCUUCAAGUUGUA